UUUAUCAACCCGAUAUGACGUAUCGCCCACCUACAUAUAACUGCUGUAUUUGAACACAUCCCGUCGACUUAUCUGCAUAUAGUCAUUUUAUAUUUUUCCUUGCUUUGUGAGACAGUGGCUAAAUAAAAUGGCGAGGGAGUUACAAAAUAAAACUAUUGUAAUAACUGGAGGUGCCAUGGGCAUUGGAUAUGCUAUCGCCGAGAACUUCUUACAAAAGAAUCCAAGAGUGGUCAUUAUUUUGGACAUCAAUGAAAACCUUGGAAACGAAGCUAUUAAUAAACUUGCAGUUAAAUAUGGAAAAAACAAAGCUGUAUUUUAUAAAUGUGAUGUUACAAUAGACCUGGAAAUUAUUUUUGAUAAAAUCAUAGAAGAGUUCACCACCGUCGAUGUGCUAGUUAACAACGCUGGAAUAUCGAACGCUCACUUAAGAAAAACCAUCGAUACAAACGUGAUUGCUUUGAUGGAAUGGUCCUUGAAGUUUUGGAAACACAUGAGGAAGGACGAAUCUGGAAAAGGAGGUACAAUAAUAAACGUGGCUUCAAUUUAUGGAUACAGAAUAGACCCUUAUGUACCUGUAUAUCAAGCCUCAAAGUUUGCCGUGAUGGGAUUUACGAAAUCAUUGGGACAUGUUAAGAACUUUACUAAAUAUGGUGUGAGGGUGGUCGCUAUUUGCCCUGGAUUCACCUCGGACACCAAUUUGGGAAGUACGACAGUGCUUCCUGAAUUGAUGGAAAACUUUAAAGUUGAUCAGCAGUUGUGGCAGAAACCCGAGGCAGUGGGCAAGGCGGCAGUGGAAGUGUUUGAGAACGCGGACAGCGGCACGGCGUGGCUCAUUGAAGGGGGGCAGCCAAUCACACUGGUGCAGUAAUAUUUCGGGCUACAUUUUUUGCAUGUUUAUACAAA